UGGAGGGUGGAGAGGAGGUCCCGCCCCCACCUCGCUCUCCUUUACGGGAAGUGAUGUGGGGCCCGACGGAAAAUACCCGCCGAGGACCCAAAAAAGGCCGUCAGCGGGUGGACGCGGCGCGCGCAGAAGGAGCGGCGUGGGGACCGCGGGCGGAGCAGCGUCCCUCCUGGGUUGGGCAGAUUCUCCCGAGAAGACCAUUUGAACCACCUGUCUGUGGAGUAUGCCUGCCUUCUGGAAGUCCAGUGUGUAGGUGAACCACUGAGUUCUUCAUUAUGUCUGAUGGAGACUAUGAUUACCUCAUCAAGUUUUUAGCUCUGGGAGACUCUGGAGUAGGGAAGACCAGUGUACUUUACCAGUACACAGAUGGUAAAUUUAACUCCAAAUUUAUCACGACAGUCGGCAUUGAUUUCAGGGAAAAGAGAGUGGUGUACAGAGCCAAUGGACCAGAUGGAGCCAUUGGCAGAGGCCAGAGAAUCCACCUGCAGUUAUGGGACACAGCAGGGCAGGAGAGGUUCCGCAGCUUGACAACCGCAUUCUUCAGAGAUGCUAUGGGGUUUCUUCUGCUUUUUGAUCUGACAAAUGAGCAAAGUUUCCUCAGUGUCAGAAACUGGAUAAGCCAGCUACAAAUGCAUGCAUAUUGUGAAAACCCAGAUAUAGUGUUAUGUGGAAAUAAGAGUGAUCUGGAAGACCAAAGAGUAGUAAAAGAGGAAGAAGCCAGAGGACUUGCAGAGAAGUAUGGAAUCCCCUACUUUGAAACUAGCGCUGCCAAUGGGACAAACAUAAACCAAGCGAUUGAGAUGCUCCUGGACCUGAUAAUGAAGCGAAUGGAACGGUGUGUGGACAAGUCCUGGAUUCCCGAAGGCGUGGUGCGAUCCAACGGUCACACCUCUGCAGAUCAGUUGAAUGAAGAAAAGGAAAAGGGGUCAUGUGGCUGUUGAAGAGUCCUGCGAGCUGCACAGUAAUUCAGGUGGCCCACAUCUGUGACCUGCUCUACGGUGAUACACGGCACAGGGAGAAAUUAACGGGCAUUGUGUACAAACUGCUUCUCACCGUCCCAGUUAGACCUAUCAGUAAAGCAUCCAGUUUUAAACUUACUUUGCUGCAGCUUUGUAAAUAUUUCUUUAAGAUUCAGCCUGAGAGUUAGGAGAAAUAUUUCACAUAGCCAAAAGUGCCUUAUAAAACCUUAGCCCAUGGCAGUAGAUCAUUCAAGUAUUCAGGAUUUUGUAGCCACAGAACAGUGCAUUUAUUAUGUAGGAUGACUGAAGAUACUGUCACCUGCCUUAACAUAGAUAGGCCUGGAGUCUCACAUUCAAGAUCUUAGACGUAAUUAUCAGUGUUUAACCCAAAUUUAAAGACCCUACUUGCACCAUAGGGGACCUUCUAAAAUGCCAUCUAAACCAUUUGAAUGUUAAAUAAGAAUAUACACAAAUGA